GGGACCUUUGAGGGCGGGCGCACGCCAAGCCCCUUGGGGGUGUCGCAUACCGCGACCGAGUAACCCAUUCCCGACCCAGGACGUGGGGCGGCGCAAGCCCCACAGAUCAUGCUCGCUUGAUGCCCGAACGUCCAUCCAUGACGAUGUUAGAGUGCACGAGCAUCCGACAGGACCUGCAUGUGGCAGAGUCCCCUUUGGGAUCGCCCUCGUCUGUGGGUCGAAGCAGCAGCAACAGCAGUGCUGGUCAGUUGCGUUCCAGGUCAUCUCGUGACUCCCGAGAACUCAGCCCAUGGCGCAGCCUGAAGGUCAUGUUGGCCGCAGAUGACCCGAAGAAUGUGCGCUUCGAACGACGCCUGAGUGCUACGGGAGACGAUGUGAAGUGCAGGCAAGAUGAGUUCAGCCCUGCCUUUCGCACACGAACUGCGAUUAGCUCGGCGCAACAACCACAAAAGAAGUCCGAGCAAAACAUGUCACCAGUGUGGCUCUUCUGCGCGGGGCCAUCUUUGGAACGUGCUCGACCAUUGGUGGCCGGCCUCAAGAAAUCCAACGUGGAGGUGAAUAUCAGGACAGACGACCACCUCAACUCCGCGAACCCACCCAUUAAGAGUGGUGACUUUGUGCUGGUUCUCUGGUCCCAGUUCUUCACGGGACCUCAUGGCGAGCGCUUGGCGGAGAUUUGCGAUGCGGCGGACAAAACAAAAGCGCGGGUGUUGAACGACAUCAAGAAGUUGCAAAGCAUGCAGGAUCGUCGAUGGCUACUGAAGAAACUUCAGGACCAUGGCUUGCCAACACCGCACUUUGUGGAAUGCUCACGUGACGGUGGCCCUGAUGUACCUGACACACAGAUCGAGGAACAUGAGGACUACAUCGUGGUCGGUGACCGAAGAAUCAACAAACCUUUCGUCGAAAAACCCGUGGACCGAAGAGAUCGCGACAUCUACGUCUAUUACCCCAGAUCCUCGGGAGGAGGAAGAGCUCUUCUCUCAACGAGGGAGUCGGGCGACGUGGAGUACGUCUGCAGAUUCGAUCCCAGUGGACGCGUGAGACGGGAGGGUUCCUUCAUCUACCAGGAAUACCUUCAGAGUGAGGGCUUUGUCAUCCAGGUGGUCUGCGUUGGAGGCAACUCCUAUGGCAAUGCCGUCCUCUCUGGCGUGGUAUCAAGGUGCGGAAAUGAGGCAGUGUCACAGCAAGUGAGGAAUGGAGGUUCUGAGCCUUGCCCGGUGUGGUUGCGACAAGAAGAGAAGAUCAUGGCCUCCAAGUUGCAGGUCAUUUUGUCACAGACACUCUUCGGCCUCACCCUACUCCGGUCGCAGACUGCCUCUGGGAAUGCAAUAUCUUACAUCAUCGACGUGUGGCCCGGUAUUCCUCGAGCGGGAUUGGGGGCGCAUAAGGACGAUGUGGUGCGAGCGCUGCAACAAUCCAUGAAGAUGAGGCUCAAUUCCUUGGGCUUUACGCGCGCAAGGUCCUUGCCAAAGUACUCGGCUGAAGAGGGCGGCGACGAAACGGAUGGAGGAAGGUCUUGUGCUAGCCCAAGGAGUCGGGUAUCUGAUGUGUCACACAAGUCAACGGCAGAUGUUGCGGAGUCUGAGGAGGCGGAUCUGAUCUGUGUACUGCUUGUGGCGCGACACAGCGAACGCACGCCCAAGCAAAAGGUGAAAGCGACGGUGAACUUGUCAUCGGAUUAUGGGGCUGGAAUGCUUUUAGGCUGGCUUCAGGGUGGAGUGGUGGCGGCCAAUUCAGUCCUGGUGACCCCUCGCACCUUGGAGCUUCGUGCAAAGGAUCAGUUGCUGCGCUUAGCAGAUGCUGCCAGGGAGUUGCUCAAGCAUGGCCAUGAAGUUGGCACAUUAUCCGAUGCCCUGAACUGCAUCAGCAAGGAAGGUGCCACGUGCCAUGCGAAAGUGGGUUGCGAUGAUGGACGGCUGGUGGUUGGUUUGAAGUGGGGUGGCGAACUGACCGAAGCGGGAAUCAAUGAUGCAGAGGAGUUUGGAAGGAACUUCAGAAGUGAAACGUACCCUUCGGAGGUCAUCGAUGAACUCCACGCCACCCUGCGUCACGAUAUGAAGAUCUACGCCACAAAGGAGUCUCGAUGUCAACAAACAGCUGCUGCGGUUUGCAAAGGUCUCAUGCGCACGCACUGUCAAGAACUACCUCCGUUGAUCGCCGCCAUGGUACGAACCGAUGAGUUUGGACGGCUCGGAGGUGGACACCACAAGAACUACGCGAAGAAAGAGAAAGAGAAGAAGGAGAAGGACGAAAAAAAGGAGAAGAAGGAGAAGGAUGAGAAGAAGGAAAAAGAAAAGGAAAAGGAUGAUGCGAAGGACGGUGAGAAGAAA